UGCAAAUAAAAAGUUGCUUCACAGCAUGCUAUCAAAUACUCAAUUUUUAUCACAUCAGUUGUAAAUAAAAUCGUUUAUCAAAACCUGCUUUGACGAGAAAUAGAGGCAUUUUAACUGUCACCAUUUUCUUGGCAUGGCAUUCGAAGCCAAAACUCCUCCAACACAGCAAUCAUUGCUGUAAUCAUUUAAACAGUCUGAGAAAGCUACCAGCUUCUACCUGGAUUCUCCGGUGAGCCGUGAAAGUCAGAAUAUGUUCAUUUUGGCUUAGAAUUGGUUUGUUGUUUAGUUGUUCUUCAGUUGAAAAAAGAAAAAAAAAUGAGAUUGGGACUUGGAGCCUUCGCUGUGUUGCUUCUCGCUUGUCUCGUCGAAGCAAACAAACAUCACAACCAUAAACGAUCGUUUCCAAAGUUUUCAUUCAGAGAUGAAAAACACUCCAGCGAGGCACGAAAAACUGAUAAGUUAAAAACGCGAGAAGCGGCGAAAGGCAGUGGCUUCGUGAGGCGAGACGAAGAUGCGGAGGAACGAGGAGCGGCGAAAGGCAGUGGCUUCGUGAGGCGAGACGAAGAAGCGGAGGAACGAGGAGCGGCGAAAGGCAGUGGCUUCGUGAGGCGAGACGAAGUUGCGGAGGAACGAGGAGCGGCGAAAGGCAGUGGCUUCGUGAGGCGAGACGAAGAUGCGGAGGAACGAGGAGCGGCGAAAGGCAGUGGCUUCGUGAGGCGAGACGAAGAUGCGGAGGAACGAGGAGCAGCGAAAGGCAGUGGCUUCGUCAGGCGAGACGAAGAUGCGGAGGAACGAGGAGCGGCGAAAGGCAGUGGCUUCGUGAGGCGAGACGAAGAUGCGGAAGAACGAGGAGCGGCGAAAGGCAGUGGCUUCGUGAGGCGAGACGAAGAUGCGGAGGAACGAGGAGCGGCGAAAGGCAGUGGCUUCGUGAGGCGAGACGAAGAUGCGGAGGAACGAGGAGCGGCGAAAGGCAGUGGCUUCGUGAGGCGAGACGAAGAUGCGGAGGAACGAGGAGCAGCGAAAGGCAGUGGCUUCGUCAGGCGAGACGAAGAUGCGGAGGAACGAGGAGCGGCGAAAGGCAGUGGCUUCGUGAGGCGAGACGAAGAUGCGGAGGAACGAGGAGCAGCGAAAGGCAGUGGCUUCGUCAGGCGAGACGAAGAUGCGGAGGAACGAGGAGCGGCGAAAGGCAGUGGCUUCGUGAGGCGAGACGAAGUUGCGGAGGAACGAGGAGCGGCGAAAGGCAGUGGUUUCGUCAGGCGAGACGAAGAUGCGGAGGAACGAGGAGCGGCGAAAGGCAGUGGCUUCGUGAGGCGAGACGAAGAUGUGGAGGAACGAGGAGCGGCGAAAGGCAGUGGCUUCGUGAGGCGAGACGAAGUUGCGGAGGAACGAGGAGCGGCGAAAGGCAGUGGUUUCGUCAGGCGAGACGAAGAUGCGGAGGAACGAGGAGCGGCGAAAGGCAGUGGCUUCGUGAGGCGAGACGAAGAUGCGGAGGAACGAGGAGCGGCGAAAGGCAGUGGCUUCGUGAGGCGAGACGAAGAUGCGGAGGAACUAGAAGCCGCAAAAGGCAGUUGGCCGUUAAAACGAGGAGAAAUUGCGGAACGAAAAGCAGAUAAAAGCAUUUCCGGACUGCUGGAGAGAAGGCGAGCAUCGCAUCGGCUGCAAGAAAAGCGCGACCAGCAAAAAAUUAUGCAAAGAGAUCCAAACAACAGACGAAUGGCUUCUGAUGCUCAGAGGAGAAUGGUGGGACCUCGUGGAUUUCAUAAUCAUAAAAGAGAUCACUAG